AUGACUACUACUAACGUCGCCGUUUCUAACCGCGACAAACGCCACAAACCACCGCAAGAAACCAACCAACCACCAAUGUCGUCGCCGUCAUCGUUUACGUCACUGCCACGCGACCUCGUUUUGAACAUCUUAGUCCGCCUACCAAAACGGUUAUACCCAAUCCUCUGUUGCGUCUCCAAGAACUUGCGUAGUCUUGUUCUCUCGGAUGAGAUUCAAGAAACUCGAUCUUCCCUCGGAAAAGAUUCUCUUUAUGUCUGCGUCAAGGACGGAACUAUAGAUGAAGAAAAUAUUUUUACCUAUACGUAUCACUGCCACUGGUUCAAUCUCCGCAGGGUUGAGAAAAGUAACACUGAGAAUGUCUUCGUCUCCGUCGAUUUCUCUUUCCUUCCGGAGCAUUGUCGUCGCUCUACUUCCGUCGUCGCCUAUGGUCCUGAGAUGUUCUUCAUUCCCGGAACUAAUCAUUACUCAACAAGCUUUAGGAUCUUUGACACCCAAUCUGGAAAUCUCUGUGUCCCCAUGACGAAGAGAGUCGCAUAUGGAUCNCCAAUCCUCUGUUGCGUCUCCAAGAACUUGCGUAGUCUUGUUCUCUCGGAUGAGAUUCAAGAAACUCGAUCUUCCCUCGGAAAAGAUUCUCUUUAUGUCUGCGUCAAGGACGGAACUAUAGAUGAAGAAAAUAUUUUUACCUAUACGUAUCACUGCCACUGGUUCAAUCUCCGCAGGGUUGAGAAAAGUAACACUGAGAAUGUCUUCGUCUCCGUCGAUUUCUCUUUCCUUCCGGAGCAUUGUCGUCGCUCUACUUCCGUCGUCGCCUAUGGUCCUGAGAUGUUCUUCAUUCCCGGAACUAAUCAUUACUCAACAAGCUUUAGGAUCUUUGACACCCAAUCUGGAAAUGUUCGUCAAGGACCUAGUUUGCUAGCCUAUCGAACGUACAAUUGCGUAGCACUAGUCGGGGGUAAGAUCUAUGUGAUCGGAGGAUGCAUAGAAGGCGAUCCUAUAGCGGAAAGCUUUAAUCUAAAGACGGAAGCUUGGGAACCAGCUCUGUGUCCCCAUGACGAAGAGAGUCGCAUAUGGAUCCAUGGGAUAGGUGCUCCACUAGACAGAAAGGUUUGUGCUGUAAGCUUAGUCCAAGGCCUGACAUGUUACGAUACUAGAGAUGGUUCUUGUGAGUCAUCUGAGUUGCCUUUUGGAAUAUGGUGGAAGUCAGGAGUUUGCGUUAUAGACAAUGUGCUCUACGUUUACUUCUCUAGUUACGGUUUAAUGUGGUAUGACACUGAACUGAGGCUAUGGAGAGUGGUUUAUGAUUUGGAUCUUGGCAAACCUCAAGGCGUUGCAAUGGCUGAAUACUAUGGGAAGUUGGCGUUUCUAUGGGAGAAACCAAGUCUUCUUUUUCGUGGAAGCAAAGAGAUUUGGUGUAGAAUGAUUGGCUUGGCUAGGAGUGAAGAAGGAUUCAAUGGAGCUGCAGAACCGUCUCAACUUCUCCGGAUUGUUCCUCGCACCUUUAGUUUUCACCAUUGUCUGUCGGUUGGUUGA